AGGUAGGCCCGGGACCCGCUCACACGAGGGUUCACUCCAGCCCAUGCAUCCGAGUGAGACCAGGCCCAAGUUCUUCGUUGUCACUUUUCGUCCGGAUCAGUUCUCCGAAGCCACCUCCUGCCUCCGGCCGAGACUAAGCGUCUACGAUUCUCCAGAAUGGUGUCCCCAGAUCCGAUCCAGUUUAUGGCGCUUCCUUGCCGGGACGUGACCAGCUGGAACCUGACUGACCGGUGUCACUUUGUCCGCUCUGUACCUUCCUGCGAACCCAAUGCGGGUUUCAUCGACUACCUGGAGGUCAUCUACUGCCUCCUGGGGCCGGAAAAGCACCUGUACACCUUAGGCAUGAGCGUGGUGUGGCUGUUAAUGCUGUUCGUCGCUCUCGGAAUUACAUCCGGAGACUUCCUCACACCGGCGUUGUUCGUCAUCUCCAAGACCCUGCACAUGUCGCAGAACGUAGCAGGCGUAACCUUGCUUGCCUUUGGAAAUGGAUCCCCAGACAUAUUCUCAUCCCUGGCUGGGAUAAGACAAGGAUCCUACGAGCUUGUUAUCGGCGGCCUAAUAGGUGGUGGCAUCUUCGUGACAACUGUCGUUGCCGGCUCGGUGUUUCUGACCCAACCUUUUAAGCUGGCAGCCAGGCCCUUCUUGAGAGAUUGCCUCUUCUAUACAUCAGCAGGCGUUUGGGCUUUUUAUCUCUUCUACACAGGAUCCCUCUCAAUCGCUCAUGCAAUCGGUUUCAUCUGUCUGUAUGGCGCUUACAUACUUUUGGUCGUCGUGAGUGGAAUCCUCUACCAAAAAUACAUCUGCACGAAUGAGAAGUCAGAGGAGAAAGAGAAGAAAGAGGAAAAGUCACCGGAGAAAGGAAUGACCUUGCCCGCAACAAAGCAUGUUUUCAAAAAGAGACGACCUGUAUUCGACGACCCCGAACGGAGUUUUGUUGUACCCAUAGCGUUUCGUUACGUGGACGCCGACGAACGCCGCGAGCUGGAAAUCCCAAUCAACAACGACAACAACAACAGCGAAAUAGAACCGGACCGAAGCGUUUAUUUCAUCAAUUUGGGAGCCGACUUCCUGGAGGAGGAGGUGGACGUGGAUACCCUCACCAUUGUAGUGGAGCACCCUUUGAGGCGAGGCUCAAGCGGAGAUAAACUGCAGGUCCCAGAGAACUCCAAAAAAAGCUCGAACGCCGUAUUCUGGGAAGUUGUUUCCAAGUUGAUUUCCGUCAAUAUUGACGGCGACGUUGAGGAGCCGUUCGUGAUUCGCCUUCUGAGCUACUUCAAGAUCCCUAUGUACCUGGUUUUGGCAAUCACGACACCCGUGGUUGAUAUCACCAAGAAGAAGAAUAACUGGUGUCGGCCACUGAAUGCCUUGCACUGCAUCACUGCUCCAGUUUUUGUAACAUUCGCUCUCGGAAUGGGACUGGAAAUGGCCGGAGGCGUCGUUCCCAUCGUCGCCAUUGUGGCCGCCGUGGGAGCCAUUCUUGGUUCGGCUGUCCUGCUCACGUCCAAGAACGACGAGGCCCCCAAGUACCACUCGGCCUUCGCGUACGCUGGCUUCUUUGUCGGUGUCGUCUGGAUCUACGUGAUUUCAAUGGAGAUCGUCGUCCUCCUUCAGGCCGUUGGGCUUGUGUUCAACAUCAGUGACACCAUUCUGGGACUCACGAUCCUUGCAUGGGGUAAUGGACUUCUUGAUUUCUUGGCCAACUUGAACAUCGCGCGAAAAGGCUACCCACGAAUGUCCAUUUCCGCCUGCUUCGGGACACCUUGCUUGACUCUUCUUUUGGGAGUCGGCAUCCCCUCACUGGUCCAACUCGCUGGUACAGGAAACGUGCUGGUGCUGCAGUAUUCCAAACUGAUCACAGUCCUGUUCUCCGGGCUCGCAGCGAGUCUAGUGUCAUCUCUGGUCACAAUGACAGCGUUGAAGUUCCACAGCAGGCGCUUCUACGGAGGUUACCUCCUCGCCCUGUACUUCACUUUCCUGGUGAUCGCCGUUCUCGUCGAAUCCGAAUUUAUCUGAACAAAACGGCGAAAACUAGGAGAGAAUUCCUAGAAGGGUGACAUCUUGAAACAAUUGGUAUCUGCUCGCACGUUGGCACGUCAAUGGCUGUAACGCUGUGCGCGUCUGGAGUCAAGCUCAAUCUAAUAGACGUGUUCUCUGCUGUAACGCUUUGCGCGUCUCGAGUCAAGCUCAAUCUAAUAGACGCGUUAUUUGAUGGGUGCUGACCGACACAGCUGUCAAAUGGCGAAGCGACCUAGUCGAAACUGCCUUUACACAAGCUCCUUCCUGAAAGAAAGCAUAAUAUACUUUACAUAUUCAGCCCACUUUUAUUAUUCGCUUGAUAUGGCGUUCCCCGUGUUGGGCUGAAGCCAAUUCGCUUUUGAAUUGCUUCAUUCUUUCUUUGCUCCUUGUUUUUUGUUCGCGAGAAAAUAACAGAAAGCAGAAAAGAAGAAAAACGGCAUUGGAAACGGGUGUAUGGCCCGUGCGGUUUUUAGAACACUAAUACCAGCUGUUGUUUCUUUUUUCUUUUUUUUUUUUAGAUGGGGGGGGGGGGGAAUACGUUUGGACGCCAUUCGGAUUGCAUCAUAGGGCCCCGAACAAACUUCAACUGCAAUGAAGCAGUAUGAACCCAAUUCGUUGUAGCGAAUAAAAAAAAACGCAUUUUCUUAACAAACGUUGGAACGUAUUUAGCAAAGCAAAAAACAAAAGACCUUCUGAGGACGCUGACCGCGUAGAAUGACUGCAUUUUCUGUCAUUCGUCAGAGUCAAUGUAUUUAUGGCCGCGUACGUAUUUAAAUUAUUUAUAUAUUUGCAAGAAUCCUCGUUUUCACUUUCUUCGCUGCUUUAGAUUAUUGCCAAUAUUGUGUUGGCAGUACGCUUAACACUGUAUUUAUUGAAUAAAUUAUAUUUUGAGUUAUCA